ACGAGUAGAGACACUGGAACGGCAGUGAGACCGAGCGAGUUUACGAGCGACAGAACACGAGAGAGCUCACACUGAGAGAGUCUACACAUCAACAGGAGAGCAAAGCAAAGCUGACCACUGUCCACAAGAGUGACAUAGAGAGAAGGAGCGAGAGAAGAAGAAAAGGAGGAGAAGAAGAGAGGGAAAAAGGAAAGAAGAGUUAAAGCUAUAUCCCUGGCACAAGGGAGAUCAUUGAGGGACUGUAGCACUCAUCCAGAAGUGCACAGAAGAGCACUGUUGUGUGUGUGUGUGCCAACAUCAAUUUCACACACUCGUCCACUGUGUUUCAGAGGUUCACCCUCUUCCUCUCCAGUCAUGAUCCCCUGGGUCGUUGUGUUCCUGUGGAUCUCCGCAAAUGGGGUCCAGACCAUGUUCUCCCAGCAGCCCCAGGACCUGGUGGUGGUGGCCGGUCAGCCCGUCACCCUGCCCUGCUCCAUUCCUGGCUACCAUGGUGUUGUCCUUUGGAUCAAAGAUGGCCUGGCUCUAGGCGUUGGCAGAGACCUAUCAGGCUACCCUCGUUACACAGUGAUUGGGGACCACAGUACAGGGGAACACCACCUCCGGAUCCAACGUGUGGAGCUGAUGGAUGACGCUGUCUUUGAGUGCCAGGCAAUCCAGGCAGCAAUGAGGUCCCGCCCUGCCAGACUCACUGUGCUGGUGCCUCCUGAGGACCCAGUGAUCAGUGGUGGUCCGGUGGUGAGCCUGAGAGCAGGAGAUCCCCUAAACCUGACCUGCCACGCUGACAACGCCAAGCCAGCCGCAUCCAUCAUCUGGAUCCGCAAUGGAGAGGUCCUCAAUGGAGCCAUGUACUCCAAGACACUGCUUCGUGAUGGAAGGAGGGAGAGUACGGUUAGCACACUCUACCUGUCUGCCUCCAACAUCGAGACAGGCCAGCAGAUCAUCUGUCGAGCGUCCAACAAGGCUGUGCCCAACGGCAAAGAGACCAGCGUCAACAUUGACAUCCAACAUUUGCCACUUGUCAAUCUGUCAGUGGAGCCUCAGCCCAUUCUGGAAGGAAACCUUGUCAAGUUCCACUGCUCGGCCAAGGCUAACCCACCUGUCACAUUGUACAGGUGGGCCAAAGGAGGUAAUGUGAUAAAGGAGGUCUCUGGGGACACCUAUGAGGUCAUUGUGGACCACUCCUUCUUCACCGAGCCAGUCUCCUGUGAGGUCACCAACCCUCUGGGCAGCACCAACAUCAGCCGUAACGUCGACGUCUACUUUGGUCCACGCAUGUCUGCAGAGCCCCAGUCCUUACAGGUGGAUCUGGGGUCUGAUGCUGUAUUCAACUGUGCUUGGACUGGAAACCCCUCCCUCACCAUCGUCUGGAUGAAGAGGGGCUCUGGGGUGGUACUAAGCAACGAGAACAUCCUGACACUCAAGGCUGUGAGGCAGGAAGAUGCUGGGAAAUAUGUGUGCCGUGCCGUGGUUCCGCGAGUCGGCGCCGGGGAGAAGGAGGUUUCUCUGACCGUCAACGGCCCACCCACCAUCUCUAGUACUCAGACCCAUCAGGCUCUCCAUGGGGAGAAGGGCGAGAUCAAGUGCUUCAUCCGGAGCACUCCACCUCCAGACCGCAUUGCCUGGUCAUGGAAGGAGACAGUGCUGGAGUCAGGGACAUCUGGCCGUUACACAGUGGAGACGGUCAGCACUGAAGAAGGAGUCAUCUCUACUCUGACUAUGAGUAACAUCGUCCCUGCAGACUUCCAGACCAUCUACAACUGCACAGCCUGGAACAGCUUUGGGUCUGACACGGAGAUCAUCCGUCUCAAGGAACAAGAGUCUCUCCCGGUGGCGGUCAUCAUUGGGGUGGCAGUUGGGGCCUUGGUGGCUUUCAUCGUCCUGAUAGGGACCAUCGGAGCUUUCUGCUGUACUCGCUCUCAGAGAAAGGAAGCGCACCUGGUUAUGCCCUCACUACCCGUCUCCAUCUGUACUCACCAGCGAGAACUUGCAAGCAAAAUUAAGACAGAAAAUCUGAAAGGGGUGGUGUCGGCCAAGAACGACAUCCGAGUGGAGAUUGUACACAAAGACCACAACGCGGCACGGGAAAAUGAGGAGCACACCGCCAUGAAGCAACUGAUGGUGAGUGUAGAACGCGGGGAGUUCCAGCAGGAGUCAGUGCUGAAGCAGCUAGAGGUGCUGCAAGAGGAUGAGAAAGAGUACCAGCAUAUCAAGGACCCCACCAAUGGAUACUACAGUGUCAACACCUUCAAGGAGCACCACUCCACCCCCACCAUCACCCUUCAAGGUAACCAGACUACAGAGAUGCGGAAUCCCACCGCUGCCACCACCGGGGGCAAGCAGCGGGUACCCACGGGCAUGUCCUUCACCAACAUCUACUCCACCCUAGGUGCCGGGCCAAACCGUCUGUACGACUACAGCCAGCGCUUCGUGCUGGGCAUGGGCAGCAGCUCCAUCGAGCUGUGCGAGAGGGAGUUCCAGAGAGGAUCACUCAGCGACUCCAGCUCCUUCAUCGACACGCAGUGCGACAGCAGUGUGAGCAGCUACAGCAAGCAGGACGGCUACGUGCAGUUCGACAAGGACAGCAAAGCCUCCGCCUCCGCCUCCUCCUCAUCCCACUACUCCCAGUCCUCCUCCCAGAACUCAGAUCUCACACGGCCCCUCCAGAAGCGCAUGCAGACCCACGUCUGACCUGACAGCCAGAGAGGGCCUGCCUGUCCUGGGGUAUCCAGCCGUGGAUUGGAACUAUGGGAAACAUACAGCUUCCUGAAAGGGACCUACAUUUCAAAGCACAUGAUGUGUUGGUGAGAAGCCUUGAAAUAGGUGGCUUUAACUCACAUUGGACUUGUUCAUAAUUCUCUGUGUUCCAACCAGUGUUUCAAAAACCUGGCAUUCCCCCCACAUCCCAUCCUAAGCUCAUCAGAAACCUCCUCCUGUUGUCCAGUUCUUCAUUUAGUAAAUAAAGGCCCAUAAACCAUAAACAUACAGUAGCUGUGCCACAGAGAGAUCUUUUGCCAACAUGGACACAACUCAAGUGUGGAGGUGGUUGUUGCACUGAUAGACAGUGGAAAUAGGCUCCCAUGUAAGCUAGCAAAAUAACCAAACGCUGUGGCUGGGGGCUAGCAAGUUGUCUUUAAAACAAAGCGGGACCACUCUCUUAUGGGUGGCAAAAGUCACCCAUCACUUUGUAUGUGUAAGCCAAUAUUCUGCUGCUCUCUUAUAGUUCUAAGCACAACUAUGAAUUUGUGUUAAAUGUCAAAGCUUCUCCUCUCUCUUAUAUCCUUUCCCCCCAGCCUCCCUUCACACACGCUCUAUGUUACGUUUGGCUAAUCCAACUUCAUCCCUUGUGUAAGUGGAGUAGGACUCUCAAAAUGUGUCCAGACUUGCCAAACAAUUAACCAAAGGCAGUCUUUUCCCCGGGGUUCAUUGCCCUCAGAACUCUACAGAUAAGGAGGCCCGUGAUCUCAACCGGAAAGCCUGAGUUGUCGUUUCAGAAUUUGUGACACUGAGAUAAAGGAAUAAUAUCAGUGUACAUUACGCAUAUUUUAUUCAGCAUUCUUUAUUUUUACUCAGAUGCUUGAUUUAAUUUGUUUUGAGGACUUGGACUGGGAAAUGAGAGUAGAGUUUGAUCCCAUUUUUUCUACUUGCCUUGAGUGGGACUGUUUGAAAUGCCGAGAGACAUUUCAUGAGACAAACUUUUACAUUCAGAAGCAGAACGGGGUGUGUUCUAAUUUAAAGAAGGGGGUUGGUUUCUCAGUCAACCUGUCGGCACCAUGCCAGCUCAAAUGGAGGGGAGCAUAGCUGCCUGACUAUAAUGUCUGUCCUACCCAUGUAAUGUGAAGUCUCUCAUACUAACUGCUUUAUAUCAUCAGCCAUGUCCACAUGAUAGGAUGCUGCCUGCGGAACCAAAUGUAAACAUUGUGUAUCAGAGCUUUUCAUCAUGUGGCUUUCCCAAUACCAUGUUAAUACUGGAGCUCAGUCAAUCCAGACUGUAUACUUACUGUGAUCUAGCUGCUCAUCGAAGGAAAUGGAUAGGAAUAUGUGAUGUAAAUUGUUGUUUUGAUUUCUGGUAUUUUGUUCAUUUGGCUGCUGUGAGACUACUGUAUAAACACUGACUGUUUUAAGUGAGUGUAUAGUACAUGCCAGAUAUGGAAUUUCACUUUCUUCACCAUUAUCAUUGUUGUCAUUUUAUUUGAGAGAUUAGGGAAACACAGAAACAAAUCCCAUCACUGAUAAAGACAAAAGCACUUGUAUGGUAGAUCCACAACGCCUCCUCUCUGCUAGCUAGCCUGCUGUGGAGGGCAACACGGUGACAUGUCACAUACAGGACAAGUAGUACUACACUAGACAAGACCAACCACGGUAAUGUUAAACUAAUACAGCACAUUCUAUUCUAUGGAUGCGAUAAUCAAUGUGGUGGUGUUGGUGAUAAUGACUAAAAUAUACAGUACAUCAUUUUGCCACCACGCUACAUAUCACCACGCACCAUACAGUCAGGCCUGAGCUCCCAUACAGUACAAGACUUACGAGUCCUCCAUUGUGGAGGUUUUAAGUGGGUGCGGCAGAUGUACAUUCAUUCUCAAGCGCAGUUCUUGGAGUGUCAGUUAGUUACAUUAUAUUACUCGUCUGUAUUUUACCCUCGCAAAUACGUCAAAUGUUACAUCAUCAGUUAGUCUUCAAAAGUCUAUAAAAGCUGUUUGCCUGUGGGUGGCUUCGAGGUCUGGACAGACAGACCCUGCUUUCUAACAUCAGUUUGAUCGGUAUUAGAUAAAGCAUUAGAGAAGGGUAAAAUGUUGCCUAAUGCCAGAAAAACAACGUUCCAGUUUUACCGCAAUACAGUGGACACCGAGUUGCAAUGAUGAUGUCAUUUCCUGUUUUUCAAAAAUCUAAAACAGUCCUCUCUUAUCUCAUCAUUUUGCAUUAGUCUUCCUCUGCGGGACUACUCGGCCAAUGGAAUAGAUAUCAAAUGUUUAACUAGUCCUUCACUUGUGUUGUCUUGCUGAAAAUUUUAAAUCCUGUGUAAGAGUUAGACAGUACCUACGACAAAUGAGAAAGUUGUUGCUGUAAGCACUUUACAUGUGAUUAUAUUCAAGGCAUUUCAAUGGGCUUUUCUACUUGAGUGGUGGUGGUUUGACUCUAAUUUUACAAAUGGAUUGGCGCCCAUUGUGCGGCUUAAACACAAAAAGGUCUGUUUCAAUGCUGAUAAUCCAGUUUGCCGCUUAGAACACUGUAUAUAAAUCUCAAAUGCUCUCUGUAUAUAAUUUUGCUGUUAUUUCUUUUCUCAGUCAGUUUUCAGUAUAUUAGGGCAAAACAAAUCCCUAUGUCGUCAAUAUUGUACAGACAGACAAUCAAUUAUCCGUCCCUUUUUUUUCUCUCUCAGCAUUCAUUGACAUCUCCAACCAAGCUUGUCUUUGCAAACGAGUGAUUUGUGUGAGCAGUUUUUAAUCUCUUUGUGGCAGUCUCUCUCACACAGUCACACGGUCAAAGCUGUUUGGCUCUAGAGUUUGGCACGGGAACAGUUCAUGGGGUGAGAUAGGAGCUAGAAUGUCCCUAGAGUUCAGAGACUCUCUUCCUUGUGCUUCAGUUCCCAGAUACAGCAUUGUCUUACUGAUGGGUUAGAAUAAUACCAACUGACUCGGGCCGCAGUGCAGCAACUCCAAACACGCAAUGUUUUUUUAGGUUUUAUAACAUCUCCCUUUGUGUGACCAGCAAACUGGAUGGAUUAAUAAUUGAAAUGCCACUCUACCAACUAGGAUUGAAUAUCUUCCCGGUAUUUUCCAAAUGUUCCAUCCCAAGAAUAAAUCACUUUUCUCCCGGGUAACUCAGUAUUUCCCUCCAAAGCCGGAAGUGUCAUUCAAAAGCAUUAUAAAUCAUAUAAAUUGGCCUAUGUCUGACUAGAGCUUUGAUCGAAAAUUCAACCCUGAUGCUACCUGAGCCUGAUGAGCCAUACAUUAAAUACAGGCCAAAAAAGUCCAAAUUAUUGUGCCGAUAUCCAAUACAUAGAGUAUAUGAUAUGCACGACAGAAAAACAUAAAAGCCCAUAGAUGUAGCUAUAUGCUCUCUUGGGUAAAUAAAUUAAACUAGCUCUAAUAGGCUAUUAUUUUUGAGUGUGAACUGUAUUACUGUACUGUAUUGUAUUAUACUGUAUUAUAUGGACUAGAAUUAUGUAAAUCGUUCAAAUCAUGAUAAAGCAGGGAGGGAAAAUGUGAUUCUGGUGCAGCACAUACGGCAUAAAAAGUUACAAGUAUAGGCUAGAAUCUAUUUAUAACUUUCAAAUAUAAUAGGGCCUAUUUGUAUAAUUAGUAGGCCGACGCUUAUAUACCUUUCAUAAUAUUUCCCAUAAUGUUAUUGGACUACCUCCUCUUCCUCUCGCUAUUGUUGCUUCAUUUCUUCCUAGCGUUGAACAGAUAGCCUAAAUGAAAUAACUUUUGUUGUCCUUAUUGUCAUCAUUCUGAUGACACCCUUGAAUAAUAUAGGACAAAAAAUAGAUGCAGAAGGCUUUCACUUCUCUUCACAAAGAUUGAAUGUUUAGCCUAUGGGCCUAAAUAAAUAACUUCUAUAGCCUACCAUCAUCGUCCGUUUGCUCUUCUUUCAAACUUCCCAUAAGUUAUAUUGGCUACUGUAUUUAACAUUCAUCAAGCAAGAGCUCACAUCCCUCUUCGAAUAGUCUAUUGGAAUAAGAAAUGCUAAAAACUAUUUUGUCCAGCAAGCUAUUCUAGUCUUGCUUUUCCUGCAUGGGACUCCAAGGGACUCAUGGGACUCCAAGAGUCCAAGAGUUUUGUAAGUUAAGGAGAGAGGGCAGCAGAGCACAGGUAUGACCGUAUUGCACAAGACACAGAGGCUGUAAGUUAGAAGCUUAUUAUGCAUAACCCAUCAUUAACUAGCUAAAUAUAAGGCUAAUGAUGUAUAGAAUUUAUAUCCUGAAAGAGGUAG